UUAGUUUCCUACAAGGCUUCACCUUCUGCUUAAGAAAAUUCAGUGCUGAAACAUGGCUUCAGCUACACUCUCUGCAGCCAAACCAGCUCUUCAGGUUCAACAAGUUACCCCAAUUGGCACUGACAACUUCAACAUAGCCAAUAGCUUGAACAAAAAUUGGAAUUGGGCAUGCCAUGAAGGUGGCAUGUUGUAGCCCAGACAUUAUUAAUGCUCCCUACUUGGGAACCCCAAGAACAAGGUUUGGUUCUGAGGAAGCCCUUGUCUUGCUUCAAAAAUGUAGCAACUUCAAACAACUCAAGCAAGUCCAUGGCAAAAUAAUCCGUUUUGGUCUUACCUAUGACCAAUUGCUUAUGAGGAAACUAAUUCAGCUCUCUUCCUCUUAUGGCAAAAUGAAAUAUGCCACUUUGGUAUUUGAUCAACUCAAUGCCCCAGAUGUCUUCACUUGGAAUGUCAUGAUUAGAGCUUUUACCAUUGGUGGUUCUCCUAAAAUGGCCCUUCUUUUGUUCAAGGCCAUGCUAUGCCAGGGCUUUGCACCUGACAAGUUUACAUACCCUUUUGUGAUCAAUGCUUGCAUGGCCUCUAGUGCCCUUGAUCUUGGAAUAGUAGCCCAUGCUUUGGCCAUCAAAAUGGGAUUUUGGGGUGACCUGUAUGUGCAAAACACCAUGAUGAAUCUCUACUUCAAGUGUGAGAAUGUGGAUGAUGGACGGAAGGUGUUUGAUAAAAUGCGUGUGCGCAAUGUGUUCGCGUGGACCACCGUGAUUUCUGGGCUUGUUGCCUGUGGGAAAUUGGACACUGCCAGGGAGCUAUUUGAGCAGAUGCCUUCCAAGAAUGUUGUUUCAUGGACUGCAAUGAUUGAUGGGUAUGUGAAACACAAGCAGCCCAUUGAAGCCUUCAAUCUGUUUGAAAGAAUGCAGCAGGUUGAUAAUGUGAGGCCAAAUGAGUACACUUUGGUGAGCCUGGUCAGAGCAUGUACUGAGAUGGGUAGCCUCAAGUUGGGUAGAAGGGUUCAUGAUUUUGCUCUCAAGAAUGGUUUUGAGCUUGAGCCAUUCUUGGGUACCGCGCUUAUAGACAUGUACAGCAAGUGUGGCUAUUUAGAUGAUGCGAGGACAGUGUUUGAUAUGAUGCAGGUGAGAACCUUGGCUACUUGGAAUACCAUGAUCACUAGCUUGGGUGUGCACGGGUAUAGAGAUGAAGCCUUAUCCCUUUUUGAUGAAAUGGAGAAGGCAAAUGAGGUUCCUGAUGCUAUCACUUUUGUUGGUGUUCUGAGUGCUUGCGUUUAUAUGAAUGACCUGGAACUAGCUCAGAAGUAUUUCAAUCUUAUGACAGAUCAUUAUGGUAUAACACCUAUCUUGGAACACUAUACAUGCAUGGUUGAAAUCUAUACUCGUGCUAUUGAGUUGGAUGAGAAUUACACAUCAGGGAACACCAUGGAAGCUAAUCAUGAUGUUGCAGAAUUGCUCCACAAGAACAAACUCACUAGUUUCGACGACAUUAAAAAACUUAUACACAAGCAAUACGGGGAUUUGGAUUUCUCAGAACUAGUUUUGGACCAUUCCUCCACGAGCUCUCCACCUCAAGUCCCGAGCUCAAGGGGGAUGCAGAUUGAUAUCAGCAAAACAAGUUGAUAAAUUGUGACUUCUGUCGCCCAAUGAUAAAGAUUCAUGCCAAGAUGUCUUCUGUGGAGCUUUAAUGAGAAGUCUAUAUACACAUAUAGCCAAACAGAUGCCUCUAAUUUGUGCUUAAACAUGUUGCAUAGUUUGUCUUAUAAACUAAAGAAAUAUUCAUUGAAAAAAAGAGGGGGGGAGGGGGAGUUGAAGCUUACAAUUUAUAUGACACUUAUUAUAGAUCUUAGAAUUCUGUCAAAUAUUCAGUCUAGACAUUCACUUUGAAGGGUAAGGUGAGCUCAUAUUUAUGGAUAAAUAUUUUAAUGGGUGAAA